AUGCUGCUUUCUGUGGGUUCGAGUUAUAGGAAACUUGAAGGUUUGGCCAUUAAUCCUACCUCAAAAGUUCUGUUUCUGUGUGAGCCAAAUAGAAGUUUGCUGGGAUCAUCGGUUGGGGUAGGAUGGAACACGGAGCACUUGGAGCUCGGGAAAGAAGUUUCCACGGAAGAUUCGAGUUCAGUUUCUGUUGAUCAUUAUGAAUCACACGCUGAGAAUGGAGAAUUAACUCUACAAGUGUAUUGUGCUAUGAUAAGGGGUUUUGGCAAGGACAAGAGACUGAAGAAGCUAAGAAAUGGUGGCAGCGCGUUAGAGAUGUACGAGGAUCUUCUUGACGAAGGACCUGAACCGAACAAUUUGUCUUACGAGCCUAUGAGACUUCAGCUGCGACCCAAAUCUAUAAAGCAAUGGUUGACAACGGUGAAAAGCCACGGGGCAUUGCUCAGUGCUCUUGAGAAAGGGAAGUUAUAUGAUGAGGUGUUACGGGUUUGGAACCAUAUGGUUAAGGUAGGGAUUGAGCCAAAUCUUUACGCGUACACGACCAUGGCUUCAGUUUUGACAGGACAGCAAAAACUCAAUCUUUUGGAUACCCUUCUCAAGGAAAUGCCUUCAAAAGGUAUUAUUAAGCCGAGCGUUGUGACUUACAAUGCUGUUAUAAGCGGUUGCACAAGGAACGGAUUAAGUGGUGUGGCUUACGAGUGGUUUCACAGAAUGAGAAUUGAGAGGUGA